GUGGCGCUGUUUAGGCCACUGUUCCAACGUAGCGGCAACUCCGACACCGGUGCUCCACGCGAAGAAGAACCCCAAACAGAAAGUACAAGAAUUCUCUUCGUUGGGUACUACAACAACUUACGCUUUUCCAUCGAAGGGUAGUUAUUAGCUGACGAAGAAAUGUCUCGCAGAUAUGAUUCCCGUACAACCAUAUUUUCUCCUGAAGGCCGCCUGUAUCAGGUGGAAUAUGCAAUGGAAGCAAUCGGCCAUGCCGGAACGUGUCUCGGCAUUCUGGCAAACGAUGGGGUGCUGCUAGCAGCAGAGAGACGCAACAUCCACAAACUGUUGGAUGAGGUCUUUUUCUCUGAGAAGAUCUACAAGCUCAAUGAAGACAUGGCUUGUAGUGUCGCUGGUAUCACAUCAGAUGCUAAUGUGCUGACAAAUGAACUGCGUCUAAUUGCACAGAGGUAUUUAUUGCAGUACCAGGAGCCAAUCCCUUGUGAGCAGUUGGUGACAGCACUGUGUGACAUCAAGCAGGCUUACACCCAGUUUGGAGGCAAGAGGCCGUUUGGAGUGUCGCUCUUGUACAUAGGCUGGGACAAACACUACGGCUUCCAGUUGUACCAAAGUGACCCCAGUGGCAACUAUGGCGGCUGGAAGGCAACAUGCAUCGGCAACAACAGCGCUGCUGCAGUUUCCAUGUUGAAGCAAGACUACAAAGAAGGAGAAAUGACCCUCUCCUCAGCUUUGGCACUAGCCGUCAAAGUUCUAAACAAAACUAUGGAUGUCAGCAAGCUUUCUGCAGAGAAAGUGGAGAUCGCCACCCUAACACGGGAGGACGGCAAAACAAAGAUCAAGGUGCUGAAACAGAAAGAGGUAGAGGAGCUGAUCAAAAAACACGAGGCUGAGGAGGCCAAGGCUGAGAAAGAUAAAAAGGAAAAGGAGCAGAAGGAAAAGGAUAAAUGAACCAUAUGACAUUCCAUCAUGUCAGAGAACCUUGUAUUGUUUUGUCUUUUACAUUAAAAGUUUGGAAAUUGCG